AGAAGCCAGCUCUCCAGAGCUGCAAUGGCGCUCCUGCAGUCUUCCGGCUUCCCUGAGAUUCUCGAUGCCAGCCGGAACCCGGUAGCAGUCGUCAGUCCUGCAGAUCCUGUGAAAUUCAGCCCUCAGAAGGAGGAAUCAGAUGGUCUUCGAGGGAAUGAGAUAGUGCUGCAGUUUCUUGCCUUCAGCAGAGCGGCCCAGGACUGUCCAGGAGCACCGUGGCCACAGACUGUGUAUUUCACCUUCCAGUUUUACCGUUUCCCACCUGAGACACCACGGCUGCAGCUGGUCAAGCUGGACGGGGUGGACAAGACCAGCUCCAGCUCCCUGUCCCACAUCCUCGUCCCCAUCAAUAAAGAUGGCUCCUUUGAUGCUGGCAGGCUCGUCCACCUCUCUCUCCAACUUGGCCUGUAUGCACAUGGUUCGCUGGGCCGUUUGGAACCCCGAGCUGGAAGCGGGCUCAGGAAAGGUGAUGCUGCCGCUUCAGGGUGGAGUCCAGCACAACCCUUCACGAUGUCUGGUCUAUAA